AUGAGCGAACAAACCAAAGUUGGAGCAUCGGCGGCACAGGCAGUAGAGCAGGGGGGAAUUUUUGCAAAACUCCUCGUAUUCGCCGCUCUUCUAGCAAUUGCCCCCAUCGCGUCGUACUUUCUCUCCAAAGACUACCUCUGGGACGGCAAUACCGUUUUUGCUGCCAUUACGGCUAUUAUUGCUGCCAAUGCCGUCUUAAUUGGGUACAUCAUCGUGUCCAUACGUGAAGAGCGACUCGGGACAACAGCACGGGGUCCUGCAGAGUCCAAGAAAAACCGCUAA